GGGCUCAGUGUUCGGUGUGCCGCGGGGGGAAAGGGUUGUGUCACCAGCUGUACACCUGCCUUUGUCUACUCUAUGCAGUGUGGAGUUUCUGUCCAACACUAAAACAACGACUCGUGUCAUAUCACAUAAACACCUGUUAAUGUAUAUGCAAGAUGUUAGCUGUUAUUGUCGCAUUGCUUUGUGAACUUUAAUACUGUAUUCCUCAUGAGUUGUGUCUACUCAUCGGUUAGCGACAUGAACACUGCUGACGUCGGUAAACAAUUAGUCACGGUGUUUUAUUAUUGAAAAAUACUUAUACUGUGGUGUCACUGUUGUGCAUAACGCUGACGGAGUCGAUAUGUGAUGUUAAUAGCGUGGUCAGUUCACCGUUUUUGCUAACACAGGCAACACUCAAGCAGGAUAGACGCCUGCCCGUCACAUGUUCACCACCAACACAGUGUCAACAUAACUUACUCGUGAAGGUGUAUUGUGGAGCGACACAUACUUAAUGUUCAUAUAGACACAAUAAAGACCUUACAUUCAGGUAAACCUUUGGAGGUCACACGGUGGCCUUAUUACUUCCAACGUAUCGUCUACAACGAAACUUAAAUUAUGAAGGAAAAAUAGUGUGGAAAUCAAGGCUCGUAUAAUUCUCGUGAUCAUUUGUGUAAAGGGAGUGAGGAGGAGAGACCUGGUAGAGGCACCACCACAGCUGACCAUACCUCUGACAGAAGCACCGCAGAACGGACGGUUAUCUAUGCACCACCAUCAUAACAAGUGUGAGCUCUUUCAAGAACACAAGUGACCAACACUAGCGCAAGUUGUGUACAUUCUGGAGCCAGUACAUGCCUAGUACUUACCAACAGUGUGUGUGUAACAGAAACGUGACCGACCACCCAAACGACUAACAGACCAAUCAGUGGCGAAAAAAAAGAAGUGUACUCACAGAGGUCUAGUGGCCUACCCUGCUAUCAGAGCUCCUCUUACCCCCACAACGAAUCUCUCAAGAACCAUAGAAUGAUGACGGAACACUUUAAAGCUUGCAGCAAUGAUUGUCUGUUUGCGACGACCAGCAUUGAAUGUCGUCAAAAAUCGUACAGUCGGGAGUGUCACCGUAGUAUGGUGAUGUGUGGCCUGCAGGGUGUGGUACCUCUGCUGGUGCUGACGGUGGUGAUGGUGCCAGGCUCAGUAGCUACCGUCAUCCAGCCUCAAGACUCCAGCCAUCACAUUUGUGAGACGAUAGAGAUCACUGGGAACGCGAGUGAGUUAGAGCAGUACCAGAAGUGUAGCGUCAUUGAGGGCCAUCUACGACUGCAGCUUAUCGAUGAUCGUAAUCUUACCUGGCCUCACCUUGGCCUACCUAACCUAACACAGGUGACAGGCUACGUGUUGCUCUAUCGCUUGUCUUACCUAAGGACUCUACGCCACCUACUGCCUCGCCUCGCUGUCAUCAGGGGCGAUACGCUCUUCCAUGGACACGCCCUUGUUAUCUUUGGCAACAUCUACCUGCAGGAGCUAGGACUGGCGAAUUUGACCCACAUCCUGCAAGGUUCUGUGCGCCUGGCGAAGAACUGGAGCCUCUGUCCCGGAAUGGACAAUGCCUGGCGAAGUCUCACCACCGAUUACCACGACAAUGUCAUAGAGGACAACUACGGAAUGUGUAUCUAUAACCCCUGUGAGGAGCGAGGCAACUGUGUCACCAAACUCACACACCUCCACACACGCUGUACCGCGUACGGUACCUGCCACCAAGGUGAGGAGUGCCACGAUGAAUGUGUGGGAGGCUGCUUGAAGCCCCAAGAUGCCUCCGCCUGCGUCGCCUGCAGGAAUUACCAGGAUGGCUCCACGUGUGUUGCUGCCUGUUCCCCCACUUCCUCCAACCCCGUACACCAUAUGGGUUAUCGGUGCAUCAAUAGGGAGUCCUGUAUCAGUGCUGGUUGGAAGCUGUACACCCUUGAGGACGCCGACGAAAGGCAGUCAAAGAAUGUAUGUGUGCGAUGUCAUGGUGACUGCACCACUACGUGUAAAGGGGCGACCAUCACCAGUAGUGACCCUGGACGGUGGCUACGUGGGUGCCAGCGGGUGGAGGGCAACUUGCAGAUCUCUGUGGACGGCGGCUGGAACUUGAUGGAGCAGCUGGAGGAGAACCUUGGAGAGCUGCGGGUGGUGACGGGAUACAUCCGCGUCUAUGGCUCCAACACGCUCUUCUCCCUCAACUUCCUCAGGAACUUGGAGUUAAUAGGUGGCGAGGACCGGGUACAUGACAAGUACGCGCUGUACAUUCUGGAGAACGAGAACCUACAGGAGCUGUGGGACAUGUCACAGAAUAACCACUCCCUCGUGAUCGCCCAGGGGACACUCUUCUCCCGUUACAACCCGCUUCUCUGCCCCAAACUCGUCCACCAACUGGCCAACCUCACCGGUGUGACUCUCCUCUCUCCUGAUGAUGUCUCCAAUGACUCGAAUGAGGACGUCGCACCAUGUUAUGGCACUGACCUGUCUAUUGAGAUUCAAAUUGGAGUGAAAUUGGGUACCAUCAGUGUGUCGUGGACCCAUAACACAGUCUUCGAUCACCGUUAUGUCAUCGGCUACUACGUUUACUACAGGGAGACCGACGCCAAUGUCACGUACUACCAGGGCCGCGAUGCCUGUAAUGAUAAACUGUUAUGGGAGCGAUACUUCCUUAACUUUGAGAAGAAGAGGAGUAACGUGAUGCUGAGGGGCCUCAGACCCUUUACCCGCUACGCCCUUUACGUCUCCGUACACAACAUCGAUACAGAGAAAACCGCCACCCGCUCUGCUAUCCACUACAUCACCACUCCUCCUACCGACCCGUCCCCAGUGACUAAGCUGAAGGUGCAGGAGAAAGGAGCCUCAUACCUGGUGCUCACCUGGCUAGAGCCGUCCACACCCAACGGCCGGGUCGCACUUUACGAAGUCCUGUACCAGGUGGUGCGUUACCCUGCCUCCACCUCCUCUGAUUAUAACCGCAGUUAUGUGUGUAGUGAUGACUACGAGCCUCCUGGGGGAAUUGGCAAGUUGAGUGGGAGGAAAGAAGCAACAACAACGGUGGCACCUGAUGCCAACAGGACAGAGGAGCAGGAAGGAGGAGAGGACGCUCCUAAGUGCUGCCCUUGUCCUGUCUCGCACUCAGUAGUUACCAAGGAGGACAGACAAUAUGACAUAGAAUUCUAUGACUAUAUGUCAAGCUUAAUAUAUAUAAAACUGGACGAUGAAGAUGAAGAAAGGUCAUCCAGUACUACUAUGUUGGCCUGGUCCGGUGCUUCAGCCUCCCACCUGCAGCGUGAAGAAGUCGUCCCUCCUGCAUCAGCCAACACUAAUACGGGUUCUGAGGACCGGGUGAAGAGGCAGGCUAGUGUGUCCUGGUCGAAAAUUGGUCAUACAUAUGUAGGACCCCAUCUCAGCUCUACUAAUGGUACAGAAAGUAUCACUAAGUGGACCUCCACCAACACCACCACCAUCAACAUCACGGGUCUACACCACUUCACCAACUACAGGGUGUGGGUGCGGGCGUGCCACACACCAGUCAAUAGGGAAGCGUUGUGUAGCAUCUGGACGAAUUUGGAAUCUGCCACACUGUUUCAGGAGUCAAGGAAUAAGAUUCUUAUCUUUUCGGCCAAUGAGGAAGAGCCAAGCGAGGUCACUUCAGGUGAGCAAGAGAACCAACUGAGAGAGAAACAUGGCCAGAAUUUUUCAGACUACAGCAUCGUCUCAGAGAACAGUAGCGAGACUAACACCAGUGACUACUCCAUCUUCUUUAGUAUUACCUCUGCCAUUACUGCCUCCUCCUCCUUCUCCACAAUUAGUAGCCCCUUAACCCCCUCUUCCUCCACCUCCACCUCCACCAGUAGACCCCCCACCCGCUCAUCUUCCAUCAGUACCAUCUCCACCCUCUCCACCUCCAUCCCCUCUCUCUCCAUUAGUAGCACCACCACUACCACUGGCAGUAAUAUCCUCCUCAGAUGGGAACCUCCGGAGAACCCCAAUGGCCCACCUCUUGCUUACCUCAUCCAGUACUCACACAAAGAAGCUCCUCAGGGCAAGAGCAAACUGAUGGAGUGUUUGAUGGAGGAGCAGGCACGGAGGGAAGGAUAUACCUAUCGUCUGAAGGGGCUUCAACCUGGCACUUAUGUCUUCAGUAUUAAACUCCGCUCCCUUGGUGGCGAUGGUCAUUACACCACCAGAACCAUACAGAUCUCAGAAUUCUUCUGGUAUUGGCCCUUCUUGGUGGCCUUACUGACUGUAGGGAUGGUGUUGUUCUGCCUUGUGACGAUGACGAUCUGUUUGUGGGGACGUCGAAAAGCAGCUAAUCCCACCACCCCAGAGUUCAUGAAUCACAUCCCCAACUGUGAAGAGCCGCUGUUGGGUGACACACUGCAACACAUAAAGGAGGAAUAUGUCAUUCAGCGUGAUGCUCUAGAGAUCAACCUGGAACACCAGCUGGGGAAGGGAUGCUUCGGCACGGUCCACAAGGGUGUCCUGUCAGUGACUUCUGGCUCAGAUGUCAAAGUGGCUGUCAAGGCUCUCAGUAACCAAGCCACCGGCUGGGAUGUUAAAAGGUUUCUGCAAGAGGCGGUUUUCAUGCAGGACAUCAACUCCAACUUCGUGGUUCGCCUGGUGGGUGUGGUAGUCAAGUUUUCUCCCAUCUAUGUGGUAAUGGAGCUGAUGGAGCGAGGCGACCUCAAGUCCUUUCUUCUCACUGAGGCGGGCGGCACACUUACCGAGAUGAAAAUGGUGGAGCUCGCGUUGGAAGCUGCAGACGGGAUGGCGUACUUAGCGGACAAGAAGCUGGUGCAUCGGGACCUGGCUGCGAGGAACUGUAUGCUGGACACUAACCUCACACUUAAGAUCGGUGACUUCGGCCUCACCAGGUACCUGAAGACUGACUACUACAAGAAGUCUGACAAGGGAUUCCUGCCAGUGCGAUGGAUGGCUCCAGAGUCGCUGCAGAAUGGACGCUACUCCUCUCGUUCAGAUGUGUGGAGCUACGGAGUCCUGCUGUGGGAGGUAGUCUCCAGGGGCGCCCUACCCUACCAGGGAUUCGCUCACGAAGUAGUGAACGUCAUGGUUAUAUCUGGAUCACGACUGGAAUGUCCUGAGAAUGGCCCAGAGAUUCUAAAAUUCCUCAUGCAGCAGUGCUGGAAAGGUCAACCCAAGGAACGACCGGAGUUUAUUCAGCUGGUGCGUCUCUUGUUGCCCAGGGCUUCCCCAGACUAUCAGGCGCGAUUCGAGCGGGUGUCAUUUUUCCACAGCUCGAGCUGCCGUGACUCUAAGAGCACCGAGAGCAACGACAAAGGUUCCAUAGCUAGUGGUUCCCUUGGCCCUAGCCUGGAGGACGCCGAGCACUCCUUCAGUACCUCUCUGGACCACAACCACUAUGACUCUCUCCAUAACCUCGACGACCAUGGCACAGAGGAUGACACCGUGGUGGAUGAUGACAUGCUGUGUCUCACGCAAGAUGACCCUUACAAGAGGAUGUCGUGUGGGCCACUCUCCUGCAUCACGACCAGCAACCACUUCUCUUCCCGCUACCCUUCCCACCACACCCCCUGCCUCACUUAACGCGGACGACGACCACCACCACCCUCCCUGCCUCAACACUACAGUAGCUGUCGACGAUUCUAUCAAUUUCGAAGUUUUGAAAACUCGAGAGGUGAGAAAAAUUAAGUGUGGCGGGCCUCCACGCUUGGAUCCCAUGAGGUGAUCCCCGACUAAGAAGUGCAUCAAACAGCAGCUUUAGGCCAGAAUGACAGUCAUGCUACUUUCUAAUCGGUAUUAUUAUAUAUACUUCAAUAUCAUAUCUGGGAGUUUUGAACAUUUGCCAGAAUUAUUGUAGUACUCCAAGGACUACUGCUUCAUGUACCUGUGUGUCAUCUAGAUCAUUUGUGAUGCUGGAAAUCUUCCAAAGACGUAGAUUUAAGGCUUUGCUCAUCUCAGAUUUGAAACCGUACCUAACCAACCUAUCCUAACCAAACCUAACCUAUUCUUACUUAACCUUACCUAAUAUACAGUACACAACCUUACCUUACCUUACCUUACCUUACCUUACCUUACCUUACCUUACCUUACCUUACC